GCCUCCCCCGCCGUCAGCGCUGCACUCGCCGCGGGCUCGGGGCACGCUCCGCGCUCGGCGCCCGGCCUCGGCUGCGGGGAGCCACACCACCCGCCCGCGGAGACAUGGGGCGCGGGCCGCGGGCCGUCCUGGCCCUGGGGCUGCUGUGCCUUCGCCUGGCCCAGGCCAACUUCGCCCCCCACUUUUUUGACAACGGAGUGGGCAGCACCAAUGGAAACAUGGCCCUGUUCAGCCUCUCGGAAGACACUCCUGUGGGCUCUCACGUGUACACCCUGAAUGGAACAGAUCCCGAGGGAGAACCUGUCUCCUACCACAUCAGCUUUGACCCCAGUGCUAGAAGCGUCUUUACGGUUGACCCCAAUUUUGGAAACAUCACACUGAUUGAAGAGCUGGACAGAGAGAGGGAGGAUGAGAUUGAAGCCAUUAUCAGCAUUUCCGAUGGCCUGAAUCUGGUGGCAGAAAAAGUCACGAUCCUGGUGACUGAUGCCAAUGACGAGGCGCCCAGGUUCAUCCAGGAGCCCUACGUUGUCCAGGUGCCUGAGGACACACUUGCUGGGAGCAGUAUCGCUAAGGUCCGUGCAGUGGACAGGGACACGGGCUCUGGAGGGAGUGUCACCUACUUCCUGAAGAAUCCGCGCUCCACCAAGUUCGCCGUGGACCGCCACAGCGGGGUGCUGCGCCUCCAGGCCGGGGCCACCCUGGACUACGAGAAGGCCCGGGCCCACUUCGUCACCGUGGUCGCCAAGGAUGGCGGAGGGAGGCUGCGAGGGGCCGACGUGGUGCUCUCAGCCACCACCACGGUCACAGUCAAUGUGGAGGACGUGCAGGACAUGGCCCCAGUCUUUGUGGGCACGCCCUACUACGGCUACGUGUACGAGGACACACUUCCGGGCUCAGAGGUCCUGACAGUGGUCGCCAUGGACGGAGAUCGGGGCAAACCCAACCAUGUUCUCUACAGCCUCGUGAACGGGAGUGAUGGAGCCUUUGAAAUUAAUGAGACGUCUGGAGCCAUCUCUGUGCUGCAGAGCCCUGCCCAGCUCUGGAGAGAGGUGUAUGAGCUGCAUGUACAGGUGACUGAGGUCAGCUCUGCAGGGACCCCAGCUGCCCAGGCCAUGGUCCCUGUCACCAUCAGGAUCGUGGACCUCAACAACCAUCCACCAACAUUCUAUGGAGAUAGUGGACCCCAGAACAGAUUUGAGCUGUCCAUGUAUGAGCACCCACCCCAGGGGGAGAUCCUGCGGGGCCUCAAGAUCACCGUCAAUGACUCAGACCAGGGAGCCAAUGCCAAGUUCAACCUGCGGCUGGUGGGACCCGGGGGCAUCUUCCGAGUGGUCCCGCAGACGGUCCUGAAUGAAGCCCAAGUCACAAUCAUUGUGGAGAACUCAGCCGCCAUUGACUUUGAAAAGUCCAAAAUGUUAACCUUCAAGCUCCUGGCCAUCGAAGUGAACACCCCAGAGAAGUUCAGCUCCACAGCGGAUGUCGUGAUCCAGCUCCUGGACACCAACGACAAUGUCCCCAAGUUCACCUCCCACUACUACAUUGCCAGGAUUCCCGAGAACGCCCCAGGGGGCUCCAACGUGUUGGCUGUCACAGCCGUGGAUCCAGACACAGGUCCCUGGGGUGAAGUCAAAUACUCCAUCUAUGGAUUGGGAGCAGACCUCUUCCUGAUCCACCCAUCCUCUGGGAUCAUCUACACCCAGCCCUGGGCCAGCCUGGAUGCCGAGGCCACCGCCAGGUACAACUUCUAUGUGAAGGCGGAGGACAUGGAGGGCAGGUACAGCUUGGCCGAGGUGUUCGUCACGCUGCUGGAUGUCAAUGACCACUACCCCCAGUUUGGAAAGAGCAUCCAGGAGAAGACAAUGGUGCUGGGGACCCCGGUGAAAAUUGAGGCCACAGACCAGGAUGCAGAGGAGCCCAACAACCUGGUGGACUAUUCCAUCACCCACGCAGAGCCAGCCAAUGUGUUCGACAUCGAUGCACACACAGGGGAGAUCCGGCUCAAGAAUUCCAUCCGCUCCCUGGAUGCCCUGCACAACAUCACGCCCGGCGGGGACCACACGUGGUCCCUAGAGGUGCAGGCCAAGGACCGUGGCUCCCCAUCCUUCAGCACCACUGCCUUACUCAAGAUUGACAUUGUGGACACUGAGAUGUUGUCCCGGAGCCCCAUGGCCACCUUCCUGAUGCAGACCAAAGACAACCCCAUGAAGGCUGUGGGUGUGCUGGCCAGCAUCAUGGCCAUCAUUGUGGCCAUAACCGUCCUCAUCUCCACCGCCACCUUCUGGCGCAACAAGAAGUCCAACAAGGUCCUGCCGGUGCGCCGCGUGCUCCGCAAGCGGCCCAGCCCUGCACCCCGCACCGUCCGCAUCGAGUGGCUCAAGUUCAGAAGGACCAAGGCGGCCGACAAGUUUGUGCUCAGAGAGGACCCUCCGAACGAGAACUGCAACAACAACAGCCUGGGAAGCACACCGUCCCCCAAAGCCCCCGCUCCCCCUCCACCACCCAGCAUGGCACCCAGCAUGGGACCAGCCCACUGCACGGUGCCUACAGUCUCUGGUUCCCUAGCCCCCCAGCAACCCCAACCGUCACCAAAACCCAAGGCCGUGGCAAAACUCAAGGCCACAGGAAGCCCCGUCCAGUCAGCUCUGGUGUCUGAGCUCAGGCAGAAGUUUGAGAAGAAGAAUGUACAUAAUAAGGUUUACUUCUAGAGUGUGUCCUGUGGCCCCUCUCUCCCCACCCCAGUUGCCCUGCUGCUUGGGCCACGCUCCCCAACUCUGCUCCUUAGGGUCACCCCUGUUUUGUACAAUGGUGUAACCCCCACAUCCAGGGCUCUGAACAGUGCCUUGGGCAAGGGAUUUAUUUCUCUGGUUAUGGAUGCAAUUGGCAAAUACUUCCCCAUCACCCAGAGCCUUGGCACAGCUGCGAUGCUCCCCACUCUGCAGAGACUGGGAGUUGACAAGGAGCCAGACCUGUGUCUUCUACUCACCAACCCCAGGCCUCACCAUAUCUCUUGGGUCCUGCUG